AUGAAAACUAAAGAUUUCGUGAAACAGUAUGGUGAUCAGUUGUAUCUUAAUCUGCAAAGACUAAAUCAAGAUUUUUUGGAAUUGUUUUUUUUGUGCCAGCGCCAAAUGUGUGGUGGGACACAGAAUAUGACUGCGUAUGAAUACAGUUAUAAUGUUAGCAGUUUGACAUGUUUACGGUCCUCGCGACUACUGAUGAAAAAGCAAACAAAUGUUUACGAGGUUGAAGAAUCCCUCCCAUACCUUAACGGAAAUGAACAAUUGCCUGAGCGACAAUCAAACGACUAUAUUGACGACUGUUCCGUG